AUGUUACCAAGUCCUUACGAUACUAAGAAAGAAAUGAUUGUUGGCAUCCCAGACAUUAACGAAGAAUAUUAUCAAUGUCUACUACACAUUGCCAAUCAGAUUGACCUUCGAAGCACGACUCAAACUAGGAUAUUAAACGACGAGAUACUUUUGAUCAAUUCUAUCUUAAAAUAUAUUCUACUAAACAUUCGUUAUGGAGAUAAUAGUGAUAAACAUCGUUCGCUAUUACGAGCAAGUCAUAUUCCCGAUAUUUGUCUGCACGUGCUUAACAGCGAAUAUGAAUCAAUGUGUAUAAACUCGUUCUUUGUAUUAUCUCAUCUAGAGGAUGACACUACGUUGAAAGAUACAGACAACGCUAGGAAGUUGAUUGAAUUCUACUUUUAUUAUCUCAAGAAAAAAUUUCCGUUCUGCAUUGGUAAUGAAAUAUUUUUAAUAGAAGACUUUUUACUCGGACUACUAACGUUAGCAACUAACGAUGUUAUAAAAGAUAUGAUUGCAGAAUAUAACUGUAUUCAAUUGCUGGUUCAACUAGCUCAGAAAAAGCCAGCUGUAUAUAAAAUAAUCUGGUCUUUAUCUUUUCAUCGAACAAUUCGUAUUCAACUAAAUACCAACAAAUUCUUCUCUGCACAUUUACUUGAUAAUAAUAUUUACAGCAAUGACGUUUGUCAAGCUUUGCGAGCUAUGCUAUUAAAUCUUGAUUAUAAAAAACAUGAAUGGAAUAAAAAUUGGAAAAUUAACAAUUCAGAGAUUAUUUUACGUUCCUCUCGUGUCAGCCAUAAUUGGAAAAAGUUUGAUGCUGUAUUCAGUUACAGUAAUCGUGACAGAGACGAAUGUGUUCGCAUGAAAAAUAUUUUAUGUGAAAAUGGUUAUCGACUCUGGAUUGCACAAGAUACAAAAGAUGAACGGUCAGUUGCAAGAAUAAUAACAGCAUUUCAAACUAUCAAACGGCUAAUAGUUUGUAUUAGCGAUGGUUUUGAGCGUGACAAUUACUGCAUGUCAGUUCUUCGUCACGCUUUUAGUAACGGAAUCGCUAUUGAACCAAUUAUCCUUCAAAAUGAUUACCGACCAAGACAAUUUGUAUCAAUCAGUUUACCUCAAAUACUAAUUAAAAAUUUUUCAAAAUUUCACAUGAACAUGAUAAAAGUGCUGAAAAGUAAAGAAUUUCCUCAGGAAGGUUUGUCGAUAUUACAAAAGAUUAAACUAAACCGUGAGAACUACCAUGAAAACAAUGAAACUAUUCAUCCAUAUGAAAAACAGGAAUUGAAUGAUACUGAGGAAGCGACUGAUACAAUGGUGGGUAUAAGUGUAAUGGAAAGGCCUCCUCCCAGCGAUCUGUAUCGUGCGUGUAGAAGCAAUGCCAUUGACAAAGUGUACGAGUAUCUAAAAACGGCAAGUGUAGAUGAAAUAAAUCAAAUUCAAUCAAAUGGAAGCACUGCUUUGCAUAUUGCUUCUUAUCAUGGUCACAAUGAAAUUGUAAAAUUAUUGCUAGAAAAAGGUGCCUCUCCUUCUAUUCGAAACCAAAUAUAUGGUCUAACUGCUUUUGAUGAAGCAAGAACAAAUCAGACGGAAGAUUUAUUCAGUCCUAAUAGUCGUUUCUCGGAUCAACUUCAUUCCGAUUUAUUCGAUUGGUCGAUUAUUAUAAUCGAUCCGGCAGAAAAACAUAAAGAAUUGAGACAAUUUUUAACUUCAUGUACAUUAUACAGAGAGGUGCUACUAAAACUGCGGAAUCGAUACAUUAGCCAAUGGUUUCAAUUGGAACGAGAAGAAAUUGAAUCCUAUUUUAUCCAAGCUGAAGAAGAAAGUGACCCUACUUACUUAAUAAAGGCAUAUACAAGUAAAACUAUGUUUCACAAAGUUUUAAACAACCAUUUGGCACUUUACUCAGAACGUUAUCUUGACCCAAGUAUGUCUUACGAAGACGACAACUCAUUCAUCAGCUGUGCACUUGAUAUAGUUUCCAUUAUUGUUAAUCGUCCAGAGUUCGAUCCUUAUUACUGCACUGGUAUAUGUUAUCGUGGUAUGUUGUUAACUCGAAAUGAUCUGCCUAAGUAUAUCAUAGGUCACAGAGUAAUGAAUAAAUCUUUUAUUUCAACAUCAAGAAGUAGACAAGUCGCUGAAAUCUAUUCCGGUGCUGAACAACAAAACUAUUUACGUCAAACACCAGAUAAUCGGCCUAUUCAAAUUUCAACAUUUUGUACAUAUAUAAUAAGAAACAAGCGUACCGCGUUGAAUAUUAAAUCGCUCUCGUUAUUUGAAGAUGAAGAAGAGGUAUUGAUAGUUCCGUUUUCAGCGUUCGAAGUAACAGAAGUUAAACAGUAUCAUCACAGCAAAAACGCUAGAAUUAUGGUUGAACUUGAAUUUACAGAAUGUAAUGAGUCAUAG